GUCAGCUGCAGCUGGGAGUCGGAGAGCAGAGCCAUGGGGAACUGGCCCGGGGGCCCUUCACAGCCCCACACCCGUGGGCGCAAUCUGUGUUCCCGGCAUCGGGCUUCCACCUCGGAGGAGAGCGAUCCCGUCCGCAAGAGCAGCUUGCCGGCUGAGCGCCCCGCAGACCCGCCCCGGUAUUCCAGGAUCAAGAAUUGGCAGACAGGCAGCAUCUUGUAUGACACGCUCAGCGCCCAGGCCAGACAGGAGGUGCCCUGCAACGGGAAGCGCUGCCUAGGCUCCACCAUGCUCCCCAAGCAAAUGCUUGCUGGGCCAGAGGGGCCCCACUCCGAGGCAGCGCUGCUUUCCCUGGCUCAGGAGUUCAUCGACCUCUACUACAGCUCCAUGAAACGCGCCCAGUCCCAGGCCCACCGCCAGCGCCUCCAGGAGGUGGAGCGGCAGAUUGCCAACACUGGCUCCUACCAGCUGCUGGAGGCUGAGCUGGUCUUCGGAGCCAAACACGCCUGGCGCAACGCCGCACGCUGCCUGGGCCGGAUCCAGUGGAACAAGCUGCAGGUGUUUGAUGCCCGGGACAUCACCAGUGCCCAGGAAAUGUUCACCUUCGUGUGUACCCACAUCAACUACGCAACCAACCGUGGCAACCUCCGGUCAGCCAUCACCAUCUUUCCCCCACGGGUGGCAGGGCGUGGGGACUUCCGCAUCUGGAACCAGCAGCUCAUUCGCUACGCCGGCUAUAAGCAGCCCGAUGGCACCAUCUUGGGAGACCCGGCCAAUGUGGAGAUCACCGAGCUCUGCAUCCAGUAUGGCUGGCGCCCCCCCUACGGCCGCUUCGACGUGCUCCCGCUGCUGCUGCAGGCUCCCGAUGAGGACCCGGAGCUCUUCAUCCUGCCUGCCGAACUGGUGCUGGAGGUGCCCAUCACGCACCCCACGCUGCCAUGGUUUGAGGACCUGGGCCUUCGCUGGUACGCCCUCCCGGCUGUGGCCAACAUGCUGCUGGAGAUUGGGGGGCUGGAGUUUCCUGCAGCCCCCUUCAGCGGCUGGUACGUGGGCUGUGAGAUUGGAAUGAGGGACUUCUGUGAUGCCCAGCGCUACAACCUGUUGCAGGAGGUGGCCGAACAGAUGGGGCUGGACACACGGACGACCUUGUCCCUCUGGAAGGACAAGGCGGCCGUGGAGAUGAACGUGGCCGUGCUGCACAGUUUCCAGCUCGCCAAAGUGACCAUUGUGGACCACCACGCGGUGGCUGAAUCCUUCAUGAAGCACCUGGAGAACGAGCAGCGGAUCCGAGGGGGGUGCCCAGCGGACUGGGUCUGGCUUGUGCCCCCCAUCUCUGGCAGCCUCACGCCCAUCUUCCACCAGGAGCUAGUGAACUACCAGCUCUCCCCCGGCUUCCGCUAUCAGGCUGACCCCUGGAAAUCAUACAUUCCCAAAGGUACCACCAUCACGCGCAAGAAGACCUUCAAGGAAAUUGCCAACGCAGUCAAGAUUUCAGCAAAGCUGAUGGGGCACGUGAUGGCACAGCGGGUCAAGGCCACCAUCCUGUACGCCUCUGAGACAGGGAAGUCCAAGGCCUACGCCUUCAACCUAAAGGAGCUCUUCCAGUCUGCCUUUGCCCCCAGGGUGAUGUGCCUUGAUGAAUAUGAUGUGGUUUCCCUGGAGCAUGAGACCCUUGUUCUGGUGGUAACAAGCACAUUUGGCAACGGAGACCCUCCUGAGAAUGGAGAGAGUUUUGCCAAGGCCUUGAUGGAGAUGUCCUGCCCUUAUCUGGGGGCUCCUGAGCCGGAGCUUCAAAAGAGCUACAAGAUGCGGUUCAACAGUAUUUCGCAGUCCGACCCCUUGGUGGUCUUGUGGAAGAAGAAGCGCCGCCGGGAGUCUAGCAACACGGACAGCGCCGGUGCCCUGGGGACGCUGAGGUGGGUCCUGGCAGCAGGGGAGGAGCCGGGCCCCCAGCCGGGCCUGCUGGGGCGAGCCUCGAGGGGCUUUCCACAAGGGGUCUGGGGUUCUUGCCACACAUCCGCAGGGGGUCCAUGCAACCAUUUUCUCCCUUUGCCAUUCCCUGGGUACCCAAAAGGAAGGCGGAAAACGGGGAGCCUCUCUGCUGUUCUGGGGCUUGGGGUAGGCCCCCCGCCUUCUUGGUUUGCCGGAGUUUUGCUGGGAGAGGCAGGCCGGGCAGGGUUUUACGGGAGCAUGUAUCCUUAUGCCCAGCCAUGUUUAGUUCCACCAAUACUCAAAAGCAUUAAAGCAGUAGCAGAAUAGGUGAGCUCAUGCUAAAAUGUUAGCAUUACUCCUCUGAUUUUUUCCAGUCAGCACAGGCCGGCAGAUGGUUUCUCUGAAUGAGUAUUCUAGUUUACGCUAGGGGCCCAAGACAAAUGUUGGUUUAUGUGGGCCAGCGUGGACAGACAUGCUUGGUUUUCAUUCUGGCUAAGGAUGGCCCUGAUUUAUCCCACUCCGAGGACACCCCCCUCCCCCCCCGUGAAGGGACCCUUCAGGGGGUGGAAGGGCCAGCUGGGCAUCACCUGCCUUUCUGCGAAGCUGCCCCCUUUCCGCCCUGCUCUGCAUCUCUGCCUUCCUCAGCCCAGGCUUCUGGGGGAGCAGCCCCAGGCUCCCCGCCUUAAAGGGCUGGGGGGGCACAAAGGGAGCUGCAGCUCUGCUGGCAGUAACCGGG